AUGACUUAUAUAAUUAAUACUCCUUCACCGACUUCGGCAUUUGAUCCAAACUCGACGGUUUGCAGCGUACCUUUCAUUAACGACAGUUCAUUAAUUGAAUUAAGGGAUUCAACAGUUAAUGAAUCAUUAAAGGCUUCAUUAAUGAAAAUCAUUGAUUUUAACUCAUUCAUGAAUUCAUAUAAUUCAUUCAUUAAUGUUUCAUACACUUCUAAAGAAGGUGAGCCAAAAACCAUCAAUAAAGCAGUGUAUGAAAUAAAAGCAUCAAUGACGAAAUUGAAUUCGUUAACUUUUGACGGUGAUAGUUCCGUUAACAGCAUGACAUCAGGAAAAACGAUUUUAACGAAAGAAUAUUUAAAAUCUCAUGUUAGUGAGUUCGUUGAAAUUGAAAAAGAAGGUGGAAUUAAGUUCGAUCCACUGGGUUUCAUUUUCGACUUAGCGAAUGCGGGUGUUAGUUUCGCUGAAUGGACAACUAUACAGAGUGAAAUAAAUGCAAUAUAG